CUUUGAGACCAAAAUCCAAAAUAGAGAACUAAACACCUCCUAAGAUUAUGAGUCCAAACUAAGAUGCACUUCUAUUGUUGUCAAAUACCCGUCAUUAUUUUUUUUCUAGUUUUAACACCCAUCCCUUACUCGUUUAUUUGCUGGUUUUUAGGGUUUAUUAAAAGGUAUGAAUAGAGGCCAGGUAUAGUGCCCCAGUUUUCCUUGCUUUUAUAUAGUGGCCUGACUUAGCAAUUCGGCCGGCCCGGCCCAUUUAGGAUUGUGCUUCCGAAACCUAAGGAGUGGUCAGUGUAGUGGGUCAACCUUAUACAGCCGCCGUCUCUUCUUUUUCUUCGCCGCCGUCAUCUCGCCGGCACUUUAGUCAGAGCGAAGAAAACGCAGCAGUAUAUUCUGCCGCUCACCCAAGAUCAUGGCGUCAUCUUCCUGCGUCCGCCUCCAUCACCUGCCGUCCACCUCUCGCCGGGCGACCGCUCCAACCAACCUUCAGUUCCGCGCGGCGAGCUGCCGGUGGCGGCGGCUUUCCAUUCCCGUUCCCGGCGUGUCCCCUCCUCCCCUCCGCCUCCGCGCCACGGGUGCCUCGCAGCCGCUUGGUACUGACAGCAACGAGGAGGUCGAGAAGGUGGAGGAGCAGCCUCAGCCUCCGCCGCGGCUCAAGAUCGCCGUGGUCGGGUUCGGCACCUUCGGACAGUUCCUGGCGCGCACGCUGGUGGCGCAGGGGCACACGGUGCUGGCGCACUCCCGGUCCGACCACUCCGCCGCGGCGGCGUCCAUGGGCGCGCUCUUCUUCUCGGACCCGCACGACCUGUGCGAGUGCCACCCGGACGUGGUGCUCCUGGCCACCUCCAUCCUGUCCGCGGAGUCCGUGGUCCGGUCGCUCCCGCUGCACCGCCUCCGCCGCGACACCCUCUUCGCCGACGUGCUCUCCGUGAAGGAGUUCCCCAAGAGGCUCCUCCUGGGCUUGCUCCCGGAGGAGAUGGACAUCCUCUGCACGCACCCGAUGUUCGGGCCGGAGUCGGCGCGCGCCGGCUGGGCGGGCCUCCCCUUCAUGUUCGACAAGGUGCGCGUCCGGGACACCGUCCCGGCGCGCCGCGCCCGCGCCGAGGCGUUCCUGGACGUGUUCGCGCAGGAAGGGUGCCGGAUGGUGGAGAUGUCGUGCGCCGAGCACGACGCGCACGCCGCCGAGACGCAGUUCCUGACGCACACCGUCGGUAGGAUGCUGGCGGCGCUGGAGCUCCGGGCGACGCCGAUCGACACGAGAGGGUACGAGACGCUGCUCCGGCUGGUGGAGAACACGUGCAGCGACAGCUUCGACCUCUACAACGGCCUGUUCAUGUACAACAACAACUCCACCGAGCUGCUCAACCGCCUCGACUGGGCCAUGGACGCCGUCAAGAGGAGGCUCUUCGACGGCCUCCACGACGUGCUCCGGAGGCAGUUGUUCCACGUCGGGGAGGUGGAGGGGGAGGCGGAGCGCAUGGAGGAGCUGGCGGUGGUGCCGGGUGGUGGUCCGGACACCGAUGACGACGGGUGCGCGACGGCGACGGCGACGAGCAUCAAGUCGGGAGAGGAGAAUAAUUGAUGCCACGGCAGGGCGCGGCGGUGUGGCAUAAAGGCACGACGUCGAUCUGUCGCGGCGUGCGGCUUGCCUUGCGUUGCAUGUUGGUUGGAUCUUGCUGUCUUCCUUGUUAAUCGUUGAUGUGGAGUGUCGAUCUUUCGCUUUACUCCGUUUCCAUUUCAGUGCGAUAAAUAAUAAACUGUGACAUGACAACUGUAUCAGUGAGAGUGAAGUGAUCGAUCAUCUACAGUACAGAUGAAUUCUGGGUUGCA